AUGUGCCUCUUGGCCUUGGCCUUGGCCCCCUUACUGUGCCUCGCCACAGCCUCUCCUUAUUAUGUCUACAAGUCCCCGCCACCUCCGCCUCACCGCCACCGCCACCACCAUCCCUGGCACCUCCCCCCGCCUCCACCGACCCAUGUGAAGCACCCCCCUUACCGAUACAAGUCCCCGCCACCCCCACCUCCGUCGCCGGUGUAUCAUCCCCCCUAUCACUACAAGUCACCACCGCCGCCGCCCACUCCGGUGUAUCAUCCCCCGUACCACUACAAGUCGCCACCGCCGCCGCCCACUCCGGUGUAUCAUCCACCCUACCACUACAAGUCGCCUCCGCCGCCGACUCCAGUGCACCGUCCACCCUACCACUACAAGUCGCCACCACCGCCACCCACUCCGGUGUAUCAUCCCCCGUACCACUACAAGUCUCCUCCGCCGCCAACUCCAGUGCACCGUCCACCCUACCACUACAAGUCGCCUCCGCCGCCGCCGACUCCGGUGUAUCAUCCACCCUACCACUACAAGUCACCACCGCCGCCGACUCCGGUUUAUCAUCCACCGUACCACUACAAGUCCCCGCCGCCGCCGCCGACUCCGGUGUAUCAUCCACCCUACCACUACAAGUCACCACCGCCGCCGACUCCGGUUUAUCAUCCACCGUACCACUACAAGUCCCCGCCGCCGCCGCCGACUCCGGUUUAUCAUCCACCGUAUCACUACAAGUCGCCGCCGCCGCCGCCGACUCCAGUGUAUCAUCCACCGUAUCUCUACAAGCCGCCGACUAAGCGCCACCCACCCCAUCACCACAGGCACCCCCCGCCGCCACAAGUCCAUCCUCCCUACCACUACAAACCUCCCAUCAUGCACCGUACCCCUCCACCGCCGCCGCACUCCGGCUACGUCUACAAGUCCCCGCCGCCGCCGCCGUACCACUCUUAA